AUGUUGGAGUUGAAGCUGAAUCACGCCGUCGUGCUCCGGCGCAUUUUCGACUGCGUACGUGACAUCAUCAGCGAUGGCAACAUCGACUUCGAUGCCACGGGCAUGUCCCUUCAGUCGCUAGACGGCAACCACGUAGCGCUCAUCCACCUCAAGAUGCACGAAAGUGGAUUCAGCCGCUACCGCUGUGACAGGCCACAGGCGUUGGGCAUCAACCUCAGCUCCGUAACCAAGGCAUUCAAGUCCUGCAGCAGCCAUGAUUCAGUUGUCAUACAAAGUGAGGAGGAGAAGGACAUCAUAUCCUUCAUCUUCGAGAACAACGUCGACGAACGUGUCAUGAACUUCUCCCUAAAGCUCAUGACUAUUGAACAAGAAGCACUCACCAUUCCGGAACAUAUGGAAGCCCACGAUGGCGAAGUCACGUUAGGAUCCAAGGAAUUUGCCAACAUCUGCAAACAAAUGAACGAAUUCUCAGACACCAUCACCAUCGACGUGACAGUCAACUCCGUCUCCUUCUCCACCCGUGGUGACAUGGGAUCCGGAGAGAUUGUGCUCAAAAACCGACCUCCAACCAACGAAUCAGAUUGCGGAGUAUGCGUCAAAGUCAGAAGCCCAAUCAGACAAUCCUAUGCAGCGAAGUACCUCCUCAUGUUCUCUAAGAGCUGCUGCCUAAGUGACUCGGUUACAGUGGGAUUGUCCCACGGGCGCCCAAUUCAGGUCAGAUUCGACGUCAAGGACGUCGUGGGAGAGAAUGACUCGCCACAUGCGCAGGUGCUCGGCGAACUGUCAUACUACCUAGCGCCCAAAUGUGACGAGACCAUGGAGGACAUGUGA